AUGUCGAUUGAAAUAAAAGGGACUGCAUGGAUCCAGAAUUUAACAAAAGUCCAAUUGCAAAAGUUGUGUGAAUUAAAUUAUAUUGAUGGUGAAGAAGAUAAUAUUAAUGAGUUACGAAGAAAAUUUCGAGAAUUUGUGAAAGAAAAGAUUGAGCGUGGUCAGCAAAAAUUAAUACUGAUAGCAGAUAUAGUGGAUAAAAAAACGUUCGAAAUAGUUGAUCCAGAUAGUAUAAAUGAACAAUUAAACAAAAGUAUAAUGGAACGUAGUGCAAAUUUGGAUUUUGAUAUUUCCAAAAAUGAUUGGGAAAUGUUUAGUGAUCGACUAGAGCAGUAUUUCAUUGCAAAUAAAAUAACAAGUGCUGAAGAAAAAAGAGCAAUUUUGUUGAGUAAAGUGAAUGCAGAGACGUACGAAGAGAUUGCAAAAAUAUGUAAGCCCGUUAAGCCUAAGGACAAAACCUAUGAAGAAAUUAUAACAAAGGUCAAAGAUUAUUUGAAACCGCCAGCAUCAUACCUUGUAUAUAGAUAUGAAUUCAGACUCAGGAAGCAAUUAGACGGCGAGGGUAUAAAAGAAUACGUCACAGCGCUGAAGGUUAUGACAGACAAAUGUAAAUUUACGAAUGAAGACGAGCAAGUACUCGAUCAAAUGAUUUGUGGCUUAAAAAGUAAAGCAAUAACGGCGGAAUUAUUAAAAUUGGAGAAACCCGAUCUGGAAACAGCAUUAAAAAAAGCUAUGGCAUCAGAGGCAGCUAGUAAAGGCGCAGAAAAAUUGCAAGAAACAAGUGCGGAAAUUCAAGAUGUACACAUGCUAAGUCGUGGAAAGUUUUGGCGAAAGCAACAUGAGGGAGAUCGUAAACAAGGACAACGUACAGGGACUAGAAGGGGAAGAACAUUCGGCCGGGCUCGAGGAACGGCGCGAGCGCAGACACAACAAAUACCGGGAGGCUCUGCUUGCUACCGUUGCGGGGAUUCAAGACACUUCAUGAAUGAUUGUAUGUAUAGUGAAAAUGUAGUAUGCCAUACGUGCGGCGAUAAAGGGCACACUACUAGAGUUUGUACGCAUAGAGCCGAAAAAAAAGAUGCAGAACGAAAGCCGCGAGUAGGUUACGUAAGUCAAUGCGGUAGUAGUAGUAGCUCCGAUGGCGAAAUGUCGCGAGAGUUGAGCCACAUGUAUAUCGAUAAUAAAAGAAGUCUGUACAGUCUGUAUGUACCCGGAAAAACUAGAGUUGAGCCUCAAUAUGUAACGGUCGAAAUAAAUAAAUCUAAAAUUAAAAUGGAAAUAGAUUCGGGCGCGGAACCAGCUAUAAUUCCAAAAGAAAUUAUAAAUAAAUGUUUUCCGAAAGAAACAAUGUAUGAGCCAGAUAUAGAAUUUAGGAACCAUGAUAAUACCGUCAAUAAGCCUGCAGGAAUGUUCAAAGGUGUAACUGUGAGUCUGAACAAUAAGAUAAUAAAAGCUGAUUUAUAUGUAACUGAAUCGUCCGGGCCGCCGAUUAUAGGCAGAGCGUGGCUCAAAGCACUAGGAUUAUGGCCUCUAUUUAAAGACCUAGAUCUGCAUAUAGUUAAAAAUAAAAUUGAUGGUAAUGACAGGCUAAAUAAAAUCUUAGAAAAACAUGCUAAAUUUUUUGAAAAUUCUAAAGGAUCGUUCAAUAGGGCCAAGAUCAGGUUAGAAUUAAAGGAUGAUGCUAAACCGAUAUAUGAGUUAGCGCGAUCUGUACCUUUUGCUUUAAAGGAUAAAAUAGAAAAAGAAUUAGAUAGAUUGGUAGAAGAAAAAAUAUUGGAACCAGUAGAAAUGAGCGAAUGGGCUACCCCGAUCGUGCCGAUACUAAAACCGAAUGGAGAUGUUCGACUUUGCGGAGCUUUCAAUGUAACUAUUAACCCUUUAUUAAAAACAAUUCGCUAUGCACCACCGAAUUUCGAUCACGCUAUGGCUCGAUUAAUAACAAAAAAUAUUAAUAAUAAAAAUAAGAAGCGGUAUUCGAAAAUUGACCUAAAAGAAGCUUUUUUACAAGUUCCCGUUGAGGAAAAUUCGCAAAACUUAUUAACUAUCAAUACUCACAAGGGCUUGUUUAAAUGCCUAUAUAUGAUGUACGGUAUAUCAUCGGGACCUGGUUAUUUUCAAAAGCAAAUUGAGGAAGUUUUGAAAAAUAUAAACGGAGUCGCGGUGGUAGCAGACGACGUAGUGGUAACGGGAAGUGAUGAUGAGGAACAUUUGCGAAAUUUAGAUAUAGUAUUAACGCGUUUAGAAGAAUGCGGUUUGAAAGGACGAGUAAACAAAUGCGAAUUUUUCAAAGAUGAAGUUAAUUAUCUAGGAUAUAAGUUACGGGAUGACACUAUUACAAUAAAUGAAGAAAAGUAUAGAGCAAUAGUUGAUAUGAAAGAACCGGAAAAUCACAAAGAAUUACAGUUAUUAUUAGGUAAAAUCAAUUAUUAUGGCAGGUUAUUUAAAGAUCGUGCUAAAAUUCUAGCACCAUUAUAUAAUUGCAGUAAUUCGAGAAUUUUUGAGUGGGAUCAAAAUUGCAAAGAAGCGUUUGAAAGAGCGAAAAUAGAAUUAAAAAGCGUGCUUGUAAACUACAAUCCAUCUUUACCAUUAAAAUUAACAUGUGAUGCGUCCCCAAAAGGGCUGGGUGCGUAUAUCAGCCAGCCUUAUGAAGACGGCGAUAGACCGGUAGCGUUUGCAUCAACGAGGUUGACAGCCGCGCAAGAAAAUUACUCGCAAAUUGAUAAAGAAGCAGCUGCGAUAAUAUUUGGAGUAACUAAGUUUUAUGAUUAUUUAUUCGGACGUAAAUUUCUUUUAAAAACGGAUAAUAAACCGUUAUCUAGGAUCUUUUCUCCUGAAAAGGGUAUACCAAAAAUGGCUACGAGUAGAUUGCAAAAUUGGAGUUACUUUCUAUCGGCAUUUGAUUAUGAAAUAGAGUACAUUAGUACAAGAGAUAAUAUUGUGGCUGAUACUUUAUCGAGAUUACCGAUAAAUUAUGUAGAAAGUAAUGAUGUUUUAGAAACUGAAGGCUUAUUUACGUAUUUACACUAUGUAUAUUCAACAAACAUAACAUGUUUAAAUUUCAAAGCAGUAGCACGCGAAACUGCUAAAAACGAGACUCUAUCCAUCGUGAAGCGGAUGGUAAUAGAAGGAUGGCCUGACUGUAGUCUUAAAAGUUGGCCCAAUGAGUUGCAACCAUAUGCACUGCGUAAAGACGAAAUUCACGUCGAAAAAGAAUGUUUAAUGUGGGGACAGAGAGUUAUCGUUCCACCUAAAUUAAGAGAAAAGGUAAUCGAAAAAUUGCACGAAAGUCACUUUGGGAUAGUUAAAAUGAAGAGUUUGGCAAGGUCGGUGGUUUGGUGGCCUAAUAUAGACAAAAAUUUAGAAGAUAAAUCUAAAUAUUGCAAAUGGUGUGUUGAAUCUAAAGACAAUCCAAUUAGAAUGGAAUUAACUCCAUGGCCAUGGCCAAGCCAACCUUGGCAAAGACUUCAUGCAGACUUUGCGGGGCCAUAUUUGGGGCAAACUUACCUUUUAGUAAUCGAUGCCUAUUCUAAGUGGCCUGAAAUUUUCAUUAUGAAAAAUAUAUCAGCAGAAGCAACGAUAGAAAAAUUCCGAGAAAUGUUUACAACGCAUGGGCUACCGAACCAUAUUGUAACUGAUUCAGGAACGCAGUUUACGAGCGACGAAUACAAAAAGUUUCUCAAGCAAUUAGGAAUAAAACAAGAUUUUUCAGCGCCGAAACAUCCAGCGACAAAUGGAGCUGCGGAAAAUCUUGUAAAAACAUUUAAGCGUAAACUCAAAGCGAUUGUACAAAGCUCGAAAGUAGAUGUGAAAACUGCUAUACAAAUGUUUUUAUUCUCAUACAGAACAACAAAACAUGCAACAACGAAUGAAACUCCGGCCAACUUGUUGUUUAAAAGAGAACUGAAAACUCCUUUGUUAUUAUUACGGCCAGAAACGAGAUAUCACGUUGAAUCAAAGCAAUAUAUGCAAAAAAAGCACUUCAAAGGUAGUAGAAAAGAAAACUUUGAAGAAGGCGACGUAAUAAUGACAAAGGAUUUUCGAAAACAUCACCCGGAAAUGUCGGAAGCCAAAAUUGUUAGAAAAUCACCUCCAAGAAACUGUAUAAUAAAAUUUAAGGAAGGAGGAGAGAAAGAGCAUAAAAGACAUUUCGAUCAAAUACAACAUUGGCAGGAAAGCGAAAAUGAUCAAAGUAAAAUAGAUGUUAGUACUAAUGUGCGAGAUAAUGUAAGCAGCGAAAAUUCAGCGAUAGUUUUAAGAAAAUCAACUAGAUUAAAGCGAAAUGUAACACCAUACGAUGCUACGCAUUAUUUGUAA